AUGGUGUUCAGCAGCUUCCGCCGCGGAGAAAACCUCGUAAAUGGGUGGUCCAUCUGCAUGAGGCGUUUCUACAUAUACGAGCCCUACGAUGAGGUCCAACCAAGCAGAGAUGUCAGAUGCAUAACUCGACAUCCAAAUAUGGCAUCUCUAGAUGCCGAACUAACGCAGGCUGAUCUGAUCAGAGUUUACGCCGUUUAUUGUUUUUAG